CUGCUGUGACUGGAAUUGGUCUCGUCCACUACCGAGACAGCAUCGCAAUCAUAGUCAUCAUCAACCGGGAAUCCAAGAUGCCAUUCUUUCCAGGACAGGACGACUUACUCCAGCUGGAUGAACAGCGAUUUGACUUCAAUAUACAGUUCGAACAGUUAUUCUUCUCGAUCAUACCAUCUGUCGUGUUUAUUGUCACAUCGUUAUGGCGGACCGCAUCGCAGGCGCGAAAGCCCACUGUGGUGAAUGCUCCAGUGUUUCAACUGAUCAAAUUGGGCGCAAUUACAACAUAUUUUGGCCUUGAUCUUUCACUCCUGAUCCUGGUCGUUGUUGGCUCCUUUCAAGUCACGGCUAUUUUUAUAGCUUCCUCGGUCCUCAAGCUUGUGUCAACCCUUUUCAUGAUAGUGCUGAGCCUUGUUGAUCACAGUAAAAGCCCAAGACCGUCUAUGUUAUUGAAUAGCUACCUGUUCUUGACCCUUCUAUUGGAUGCAACCCAGGCAAGAACGUUCUUUCUAUUAUCAGGCGACAGACCCGAGCUCAGCUACAGUAGCAUCUUCGCUGCGGCUAUAGCCCUUAAAGUAGGAAUAUUGCUGUUAGAAGCCCAACGCAAGUCACAAUGGGUGAAUUGGGACGAAAAAGAGCACAGUCCGGAGGAGACAAGCGGGAUCUUCUCUCUUGGUGUCUUCUUUUGGCUUAACAAGAUCUUCUUAGAUGGUUACAAGAAGAUAUUAGCUAUAAAGGACCUGUACCCGCUUGAUAGCUCUUUGAGCGCCGAAUCACUGCACGAAAAGUUCUCGGAGAAUAUAGACUACACGAAACUAAAGGGCGACAAAUUUGGUCUUCUGAAAGUGCUUAUGCGCACGUUGAAAGUACCCCUUUUAGUCCCUAUACCCCCACGCCUUGCGCUACUUGGGUUCACCUUCUCCCAACCAUUCUACAUUGAGAAGCUAUUGGAUUACCUAAUGCAGUCUAAACCCGACGUUAAUUUUGGGUAUGGCUUCAUCGGCGCCAGUGUACUAAUUUACUUAGGAAUUGCCGUUUCUACAGCUCUCUACUGGUACUUUCAUCAUCGAAUGCGUGCCAUGACAAGGUCGAUCUUAGUCACUGAGAUCUUCCAAAAGGCCAUUAAAGCUCGAACCGGGUCUGGCGAUGACAGCGCUGCGCUGACCUUAAUGAGUACCGACAUAGAGCGAAUCGACAUGGGCUUCAGAACCUUGCAUGACAUGUGGGCGAGCGUUAUCCAGGCCGGCGUAGCUAGUUGGAUGUUGUAUAAUCAACUUGGCGUGGUAUUUGUCGCGCCAAUGGGGGUCGUCACAUUAUGCUCCAUCGGUUUGGCAAUUCUCAUGAAAUUCACUGGUGACUCGCAAAGGGACUGGAUGGCAGGAGUCCAGAAGCGGGUUGGUCUGACUGCUACAGUCAUUGCUAACAUGAAAAAUUUGAAAAUAUCUGGCCUCUCUGGUGCAGUUGGUGACUUUGUGCAAAGGCUUCGUGUAGAAGAGCUAGCUUCAGCAACCCAAUUCCGCCGAAUACUCAUCAUUGCGGCUCUCUUCGGUUUCUUUCCAAUGCUAAUAAGUCCGCCGCUAACAUUUGCAUUUGCUCAACGGACAUUGGAUGUUUCGAGGAUAUUUACGAGUCUCUCUUGGCUUUUGCUGUUAACGAACCCGCUCUCUCAAAUCUUCCAGUCAGUCCCGUCGCUUCUCUCGGGCCUAGCUUGUUUAGGCCGAAUUCAGGAGUUUCUGGAGUGUGAAGAUCGCCAUGACUUCCGCGAAAUUCUUGCUGAUAUUGGACGAAACUCGGGAAUGGCCCCGGCAAAUGUAAUGGUCUCUUCUGCUUCCGAGCUAGAAAAAUCGCACCCAGUUAUCAUAAUAAAUGGAGACUUUGGCUGGGAAGCAGAUAAGCUCGUCCUACGAAACAUAAAUACCCAGUUGCCCAAGGCCUCCCUCACCAUUGUCGUUGGACCAGUUGGUUCGGGAAAAUCCACACUCUGCAAGGCACUACUCGGAGAAAUUCCUUUCAGUGACGGUAAUAUUAUAUUGAGCAACAGAUUUCGUCACGUUGGAUUCUGUGACCAGACAGCAUUCCUUUGGAACGGCUCUAUCAGAGACAACAUCGUGGGAUUCUCCACAUUCAACUACGAGAGAUAUGCGGAAGUUAUCCAGGCUACAUCCUUGGACUUUGACUUUGAGGCACUUCCACAGGGAGACAGAACGAAUAUUGGCUCUGAUGGCAUCACAUUAUCUGGAGGCCAGAAACAACGAGUUUCUCUCGCACGUGCCCUGUAUUUGCAAUCCGAUCUUUUGGUUCUGGACGAUGUCUUCAGCGGCUUAGAUGCGGACACUGAGGAGCAAGUCUUCCGGCAAGUCUUCGGUUCAAAUGGACUACUCAGGCGAAGGCGUUGCACCGUCGUGUUGUGCACCCAUAGUAUCAAGCACCUACCUGCGGCGGAUUACAUUAUAGCACUAGGAGACGGCACCAUUCUUGAACAAGGUAGCUAUGACGAGUUAGUCGCCCGUCAAGGAUAUAUUAAACGUCUAGGAUUGAGCGGAUCUCUUGACAGUAGUGCUUCAUCCGAUAAAUCAACUUCCAUGAAAGGCAUUCGAGAAGUGAACUCACAACUACUUCGCACGACAACUAUCAAUAUAUCAUCUUCUGAGCCUGACACCGAUAGUUCACGGCAAGUUGGCGAUAAAACGGUAUACAUACAUUAUUUCAAGAGCAUGGGUUGGUUUCUGGCAGCAUGUAGUCUGUUUUUGGCAGCUCUAUGGGGUUUCUUCUCAACCUUCCCAAACAUAUGGCUCAAAUACUGGUCUGAUGACGCUUAUUCGGAGCAUCCAGCUCACACUUAUGCCUACUACGCUGGGAUAUAUGCUCUGUUUCAGAUAUGUGCCAUGAUAUCGCUCUUCCUAUUUGCCAUCGCGAUCAUCAUCGUCUCUGUGAGCAGAGCUGGUGCAAAUCUCCAUCAAGAUGCUUUGCAAACACUCAUCCGAGCUCCGCUACGCUUCUUCACAACCACAGAUACUGGUGUCAUCACCAAUCUAUUUUCACAGGACCUGAAUCUUAUAGAUACAGAGCUGCCAAAUGCUCUAUUGAAUACCAUGUCCAGUGUUUUUCAAGCAAUCGGAGAAGCAGCCGUUAUACUUACUUCGUCUCCGUACAUGGCCAUAAGCUACCCGUUCCUCGGUGCCCUACUUUAUAUCCUGCAGAAGUUCUAUCUGAGGACUUCUAGACAGCUCAGGUUGCUAGAUCUUGAGGCUAAAAGUCCUUUGUACACUCAUUUCCUCGACACUCUCAAGGGUAUUGCAACUCUGAGGGCUUUCGGAUUUCUUUCCGAUGAUAUCCACAAAAACGUUCGACUAAUCAACUCCAGCCAACGGCCCGCAUACCUCCUCGUCAUGAUUCAGCAAUGGCUGAACCUGGUUCUAGACCUUGUAGUCAUGAUAAUGGCAGUGGUGCUGACAGCUCUUGCAGUUCGACUACACUCCAACUCCGGGUUUAUCGGUGCUUCUCUAGUGACACUCAUGAACUUCGGUGAGAAUCUCUCAGGCAUUGUCAUAUUCUACACCAGAUUAGAGACUUCUAUUGGCGCGGUAACCAGACUGAAGGCGUUCAACGAAAACGUGAAGCCGGAGGACAGGGAUGAAGAGGAUAUUGUUCCUCCUGAACAGUGGCCGCAAAAUGGUUUAAUAGAAUUGAAGGGGGUUUCUGCGAGUUACGAUGGGGAGGAACAAGUCAAUAGUACACCCAACUUAGCCCUCCGCAAAGUUAACCUGAGGAUCAACUCAGGGGAGAAAGUGGCCAUCUGUGGCCGUACUGGCAGUGGCAAGUCCAGCCUCAUCGCCCUGCUGCUCAAGCUCCUGGACCCGGUCUCGGAAACUGCAGAGCAUGCAGUUAUUGAUGGUAUCCCGCUCCGUCGCAUCUCUCGAUCUGCGUUACGGCAGCGUAUAAUAGCAGUACCACAAGAAGCCGUGUUCUUGCCGGACGGCUCAACAUUUAGGACUAAUCUAGACCCGCUCGACGCUUCCACGGCAGAAGAGUGCCAGAAUGUCCUCGCGGCUGUAGAUAUGUGGCGUUUCGUCCAGGAACGGGGUGGCCUAGAUGCAGCAAUGAGUGCAGGAAGUUUAAGCGCGGGACAACGGCAACUAAUGUCCCUUGGACGUGCGUUACUGAGACGACGUACCCGGGCGCGGAGCUUAGGGUUCAAUGCCGACUUCUCAGAGAGCGGUAUCCUGCUAUUGGACGAGGUGAGCUCGAGUGUUGACCACGAGACAGAGCGUGUUAUGCAGGAGAUUAUCAGAACCGAGUUUAAGGCAUACACGGUUGUAGCUGUUAGCCAUCGCCUGGAUAUGAUCAUGGACUUUGACAGAGUCGUUGUCAUGGACACGGGCGAGGUUGUGGAAGUAGGAAACCCGGUCAAGUUGGCAGAGAAGGAGGGGACCAGAUUCGGGGAGCUCGUGAGAGCAGGGGCUAAAUAACUAGGAACGUAUAAUGUGUGGAAAUACGACUUCACUCCGAAAUGAACCUGUUUCCGACUGCAUCGUUGCCAUUAGGUCGCCUCAUAUGAGUAUCAGCUCAUUAGAAUAGUAACUCCAAGACCUUCGAGAGUACUUUCAGGGAAAGUCAGCAACGAAUGAACGAGA